CAUUAGAGGGCAGGGGAGACAUUGAGGUCCUGUGAAAGGAGCUAAAUGAUGCUGGAUGUCCUCCAGCCAGGAAAUGAUGUGGAUGUGCAGUGACAUCAGAGGAAGUCAUUUCAGUCCAGGGGAGGAGCCGGUACACCUGUGCAAGACUGAAGUGGAGGAGAAGAUACACCUGUGCAAGACUGAAGGGGAGGAGCCGGUACACCCUGUGCAAGACUGAAGGGGAGGAGCCGGUACACCUGUGCAAGACUGAAGGGGUGGAGCCGGUUCACCUGUGCAAGACUGAAGGGGAGGAGCCGAUACUCCUGUGCAAGACUGAAGAGGAGGAGCCGGUACACCUGUGCAAGACUGAAGGGGAGGAGCCGAUACUCCUGUGCAAGACUGAAGGG